AAGCUGGAGCCAGCAUCUUCAGUCAACAUCUCAAAUCAAUUGAACGCAUCUAUCCCCGCUCUAUAUCCCCAGAUAGUAACACAACCAUGUCCGGGUUCUGGAAAUCAAAGCCAACAACGGAGUCCGCAUCCACCCCGGCUGCAAACACAACCACAGAAGACCCCCUCGCCUCUCUCGACCCCUCCCUCAAAGCCCUCAUCGACGAAGCGAAACCUGCUCCCCUCCCUAAUCUCAACCUCCCACCCAAGUUCAAGGCGACAGCACAAUCCACUCCGGCCCCUCCCAUCCCCACAAACGAAUCCGAACUCGAGGACCUCCACGCCCAAAUCGAAGCCGAAAAAGCCGCUUCCCUCGCUUCCCUCGCUUCUCGCGAAGCCCAAAAUAAUGCAAUCCACGAAGCUGCAUGGGCAAAUUGCGCAGUUGAAGAACUCGCGUUAUUCAAUUGUAAUCGGUAUGGGUCGUUGUGGGAGAGGGCUAUGGGUUGUCAUGAGUAUUCGAAAAAGUUUCACGCUUGUAUGAGGUUGCAGAAGAAGACGUUGAAGGCGAUGGGGUAUGGGAGUGCAGGGGAAAUUGGGGUUAGGGAGGGGAAGAUUAAAGAGCAUGCGGAUGAUUUGUAUAUGGAGUAUUUGAGGGAUGAGGAUGAGCAUAAGAAGCAGCAGAACCAAGCUUGAGUAUGAACGACCUCAACUGAAGAUGUACGAUAGGCCCUGGAGCGGCCGGUCAACAGCAAGCACAUACGUACGGCUCGCACACAGCUUUAGGCGAGGCCAGGACUUUGCUUGGCCGGAAGCACGCAGGAGGAGCGGGACAAGAUAUCAUAGCCAAUUACCU